AUGGACGCGGGCGCAACAACAGGGCGGGCGGAUCCACAUUGCUCUGGAGGGGGUGCCUCCUCAAGCUUCUUCUCCCCUGUACCCGAGUUCAUCGGCUCGCUGAUACCUCCUCCGGCCGUUGCGCAAGGUGGCGAAUCGAGCGUCUCCGCCCACGCAGGCACCGGCGACGCCGAGGGGAUAGGUGCUGCGGGCUACAGCUUCGGCGCCGUGUCCGAGGAAGAAGGGUGGAGCCACGAAGGGCGCGGCGACGGCGAGCUGGGCUGCAACAUGGAGGAGACCCUGUCCCAAGAUUUCGACGACGCUGCUGCCCCAUGUGCUACAGGCGUCCAAGAGGGAGCCGGCGACGAUGGCGACGCGCCAUCCCAAGAUUUCGGCAGCACUGCUGCCCCAUGUGCUACAGGCGCCGGCGUCCAAGAGGGAGCCGGCGACGAUGACGACGCCGGGAUCAGGAAGUCAAGCUCAAGACCGAAAAAUUAUAAAGGUCGGAAAGGAUCUGAUGUUCGAGUUGGGCCACCUAGAGAUAUUGGAGCAGUGGAAUCAGCCAUGAGGAAUUCGGCGACAAGGACAACAAAGUACAUCCUGGAGCCAGUUGUCGGCACUUGUUUCGAUUCGCUGGCAGAAGCGUACGAGUUCUACAAUCUGUAUUCAUGGGAGGUUGGUUUUGGCAUCAGAUAUGGACAUAGCUACAUAAACACCGAGAAGUACAGGUCAUCGCAAGACCUUAUAUGCCAGCUAGAGGGGGUUGACAAGAGGGGUAAAAGCGAAUCACCUAGGUGUGGAUGCAAGGCGAUGAUCCGUCUACACAGGACAGAUGACGAUGGUUGGUUUGUGGAGACAAACCGGCCAGAUCACAACCACCCGCUGGCUGAGAGCUGCGGAGAGAAAAUGCAAUGGAACUCACACAAACGGAUUGACCAAGCAACGAAAGACACUGUCCGCUACCUGAGAGAGAACAAUGUCAGCCUAAGCAAAGUGCAUUGUAUUCUGGGCAGCAUGCACCGGUCUGGUGAUAAGCUCCCGUUUCCCAAGAAGUCUCUCCGCACCAUUUGCCAGCAGAUAGCAUUUUCUCAGAAAGAUGAUGACAUCAAGAAAACAAUAGAUCUCUUUCGGAGCAUGCGGGCAGCCGAUCCAGAUUUUGCUUUCAGGUUUGAUCUUGAUCCUGAAGGCAGAAUAAAGAAUCUCAUAUGGACAACUGGUCGAAGCAGGCGGCAGUACACGUGCUUUGGCGAUGUUGUGGUUUUUGAUACAACUUACACCACAAAUCUUUACAAGAUGCCGUUCGGGUUGUUUGUUGGUGUCAACAACCACUUCCAGACUGUUAUAUAUGCUGGUAUCCUCAUGUCAGAGGAGACAAUAGAAGGUUUCAAUUGGGCGUAUACAGAAUUUGUAUCUCUUAUGGGAGGCAAAGCUCCAUUGACAAUGUUGACUGAUCAAUGUCGGGCAAUGGAGGUGGCUAUCAGCAUGACUCUCCCCAACACUGUGCAUCGUUGGUGUAAGUGGCAUGUUUUCCGGAAGGCGAAAGAAGAGCUUGGCGGCAUAUAUAGUAAGAAAACUGGUUUCAAGGAUGCUUUCAACAAUGUUGUCAACGAGAUGUUAACUGAAGACGAGUUUGAGAAGGGAUGGGGGAAGCUGGUUGAGGAUUUCGGUCUAGGUGAGAAUAGUUUCAUGAUCCGGGCAUUUGAGGCUCGCCACAAAUGGGCGAAACCUUUCUUCAAGGACAAGUACUGUGCAAGGAUGACUUCAACUCAGAGAGUUGAAAGCGCAAACCACAUGCUGAAGACAUAUGUCCCUAGGAAUUCUUCAAUGAACAAGUUUGUUUCCCAGUACAACAAGCUUCUUAAAGAUAGGAAUGAGGCUGAAGAUUCAGAAGAACACAAAAACAAGCAGUGCAAUCGGAAAGAGAGGGGUGGCUGGCCUAUAGAGAAACAUGCCCGCUGUAUCUACACGCGGGCAGUGAUGAAGCUUUUCAAAGCUGAGUUGGAGAGGGGACAGAAUUUCAACCCACCUAAGGAAAUAGAAGCCCAGAGUUUGUACGAGCUGGAGCAUUCAUAUGCUCAUCUCCGGCCCAGUUGGGCUCGUACGAAAUUCACGGUUCGUGUUGAGGAAGGACAGCGCUUCCUAUGUGAAUGUGGAUUGUUUGGACAUUUCGGUGUCGUGUGCGCCCAUGUCAUUAGGCUGAUGAUACACCUUGGAUUGAAUCAGAUCCCUGACUUCCACAUAAUGAAGCGGUGGACAAAAUCUGCUCGGGACAUUUUGGGCCCAAGUGUUGAGGGUCCCCAAGAGACGGAGUUGUCGCUGCCCAAGUCCUUCCGGCACAACAUAAUGUACGUUAGCGCCCUGGAGCUAGUAAAAAUGGGUGAUUUAGCAGAGAGUAAGUACCGUAUUGUCAUGAGACACAUCACAGCUGCGAAGAAAGAGCUUCGUGAUGACGAAACUCCAGUUGCUCCACUGUACUAUUCUAGUGGUGCCGAGGACGAUGGGGAAGGCCGGCGGGUGACUAAUAAUAGAGCUCAGCUUGAAGGGUUGGCGGAUAGUGGGGCAAUGACUACUGAUGGUGUGCUUAUUAAGGAACCACUGAUUAAGAGGGGAAGGGGUAGGCCCAAGGCAACAAGGUUCAAGUCUUUCUUGGACGGAGGUUGUAAGAAAACAGCGACAAAAGGCAAGCGGCAAGACGGUGAUCGGCCGGAGGGUCUUUCCAAGCAGACAACAUUCUGCAAGAGGUGCCGGAAGCCUGGACACAACUCUUCUACAUGCACGGUGUUACCUGAUCGGCGGGCUGGUCCUGACAGUGGUAUUCUUCAGAAGAAGCCGCGCAGGCAGAACAAAUGUAGCGCCUGUGGAGCAACCGGCCAUAACGCCGCGACAUGUACCGUUGGAGUGGAAGUGACAGAUGGUUAGAGCAAGAACUCCACCUACAACUUAGCUAUUUUCUUGGCAUUGUCUGUUGUUUAUUUUGAGGUGAGCUCUCCAGUGUUGUAAUUUAGCUACUGAUAGGGAUUUGAACUGUAAUUUUGUUGACCUGCUCUGUUGCAUUUCCAGUUCAACUCUGCAAUGCCACAAACUUAGCUGUUUUUGCUAUGCAACUCUGCAAUUUCAGUUCAACUCUGUAAUUUUAGC